AUGGGAAAAGGAAGGAAGCCUUGUUGUGUUAAAUCAGAAGUCAAGAGAGGUCCAUGGAGUCCUGGAGAAGACCUUAGGCUUAUUGCUUAUCUUCAGAGCAAUGGGCACUCAAAUUGGAGGACACUCCCAAAGAAAGCUGGUCUCCAACGAUGUGGAAAAAGUUGUCGUUUGAGAUGGAUUAACUAUCUGAGGCCAGAUGUCAAGCGAGGAAACUUCUCAAAGGAAGAGGAGGAUACAAUCAUGAGGCUGCAUGAAACCAUGGGGAACAAAUGGUCAGCAAUUGCAUCUCAUUUACCUGGAAGAACUGACAAUGAGAUUAAGAAUGUCUGGAAUACUCAUUUGAAGAAAAGAUUGUCCAAGAAUGACACUAAUUCCAUCACAAAUGGACCAAACCAGCUCUCCUCCACCGUGUCCUCUUCGUCUUCAACCACCACGAUCGAGUACUCGACCGGUGGGAAGAGAACCGAAAUCGAGACAAGAAAUGAGAAUGGAGUGAAUCAACAAACCAAUAAAGCUCGCCAAGACCAGGAAAAUCCCCAAUUUUUCAACCAAUUUGUUAGCUCGAACAUGCUCAUGAGAGAGAUGCCAAUGUUAAGUCGAACUUUGUCUUCCAACAAUUCAAUUCUCACUCAUCAAGAACUUCUUGAUUUGCCAAAUCCUGGAUUUGAUGAAGCAAUGGAUACAUUGGAUUUCAACUUAUUGGGAAACCUUGGGGAUGAAGUGUCCAACCUUUUAGGGGAAGUGAACCAACCACUCAACACAACAACACCACCACCACCUACUACUACUACCCAAUUAGAAAAUGUAUUGGAGAACCCAUUAGACCCAAAUAGGGAUAUUUGGAAGAUAAUUGAAGACAUGGAACCAAGUGAGCUUCAACACCAAAUUGAUGAAAAGAUUGAAAUCAAGAAGUGGAUGGCUUACUUGGAGAAUCAAUUGGGACUUGAUGAUGAUGAUGAUCUUGACAAGGAAACUACUCCAAAGGUGGGUGAUGAGUUGCUUUUGAAUCCUGAUUUGGAUCAAGACUUUGGUUGUCAUCAUAUUUGGCCUUCAUCAUCAACAACAACAAAUAACAAAAUUUAAUCAAUCAUGUAGGUAAAGAGAGAGAUCGAUCGAUCGACUCAACAUUCGACAACUUUUUUUGUUAGAAUGUAAUCUAAUAAUAUAUAAAGCUUCACUGGAAGUAAUUUUGUUUUUUCAUGGAUGAUGAAAGGUUAAUUUAAUUUUUCCAAAAUUUUCUAGUUUUUGUUGUGGUUUAGUAGUUAUGAACUUUUUUUU